AUUGACUUCGUUCGAAAUGAAAAUGAUUCUUGCUUUUCUUUCAUUAAUUUUCAUACUCUCAUUUUCGAUCAGCAUUGUCGAUGGUGCUGGGUUAAAAGUCGGUUACUACUGGCAUACAUGCCCCGAGGCAGAGGGGAUUAUAAGUGAUGUUGUGGGCAAAGCUGUUAGAGCGAAUCCUGGUGACGCAGCUGAGCUGAUAAGGAUGCAUUUUCACGAUUGCUUUGUGAGAGGCUGUGAUGGAUCAAUCCUCAUCGACUCCACAGCAGGAAAUACUGCAGAGAAAGACUCCCCAGCAAACAACCCAAGCUUGUCUGGCUUUGAUAUCAUUGAUGCAGCAAAAUCUAGAAUAGAAGCGAAAUGCCCAGGAGUGGUUUCUUGUGCCGACAUAGUGGCCUACGCUGCAAGAGAUAGCGCCCACGAAGUUGGUGGCCUAAUGUGGGCUGUUGAGGGUGGACGAAGAGAUGGAAGGAUAUCUCGAGCAUCAGAUAUUCCGGGGAAUCUGCCACCUCCCUCAUUCGACGUAAACCAGUUGACACAACUCUUUGCUCAGAAGCAAUUGUCCCAAGAUGAUAUGGUUACUCUUUCAGGCGCACAUUCUAUUGGAGUUUCUCACUGUUCUUCAUUCAGCGCAGAUCGUCUGUACAACUUCAGCGGAAGGGGUAUUCAGGAUCGUUCCAUGGAUCCUAGCUAUGCCCUUCAGCUGAAAGCCAAAUGCCCUGCUUCAUCUUCUUCCUCUAGUGUUGUUGUUCCAUUGGAUCCCCUCACACCAAAUAAUUUGGACGUGAAAUACUACGUCGAUUUGCAAUACAAGCGUGGGUUGCUGAAGUCAGAUCAGACGUUGAUGUCAAAUGAUGCGACCUCCAGACUCGUGAGGAUUAACGCCAAGUAUCCAACCAUUUGGAGGAGGAAUUUUGGCAGGGCGAUGGUUAAGAUGGGUUCCAUUGGUGUGCUGAGUGGAUCGCAAGGGGAGAUAAGGAAACAAUGUCGUGUCCCCAACUAAAGGAAUAUUUAAAUAUGUUAUUGGUGUGGUAUUGUUUUUAUUUGUUAUUGGCAACGAGAAAUAAGGGUCAAAUUCCACGUAAGUGCAGAA